AAACAAAUUUUCACGAAAUGAAAUUGUUAUAAAGUCCCCCCACAAACCGAAAUGGCGGCCAAAUGCAUAGACAUCGAAGUCGAACAAUCCAACGCUAACACAAGCGCAGACAACAUCAUACAGCUCCAAACAUAUCAACUUCAAUAAUGCUUUCCUCUGCAAUUUCUUUGAAGCCCUUCCUUCAGUCACUCGUCAUUGAUCGUUAUGCUCAGAGCUCGACUGCUGCAACCAGGUGGGAGUGUUUGGGAUUUAACAAGUCAGAAAAUUUCAGUACCAAGAGAGUGUUGUCUACUGAAGGGUUCAAGCUGAGUUGCUUGGUUGAUAACAGAGAGAUGGAGGUGGAGUCGUCAUCAUCAUCUUUUGUGGACGAUGCUGUCGUGAGCUUAAGUGAAGAGGAUUUAGGGGAGCCUAGUAUCUCUACAAUAGUGAUGAAUUUUGAGAACAAGUUUGAUCCUUUUGGAGCAAUUAGCACCCCACUUUACCAAACUGCUACUUUUAAGCAGCCUUCUGCAAUAGAAAACGGUCCCUAUGACUAUACUAGAAGUGGAAAUCCUACCCGGGAUGCUUUAGAAAGUUUACUGGCAAAACUUGAUAAAGCAGAUAGAGCCUUGUGCUUCACCAGCGGAAUGGCCGCUUUGACUGCUGUUGUUCAUCUCGUUGGAACUGGUGAGGAAAUUGUUGCUGGAGAUGAUGUAUAUGGGGGCUCAGAUAGGUUGCUGUCUCAAGUAGUUCCAAGGACUGGAAUUGUGGUGAAACGGGUAAAUACAAGUGAUCUGAAUGAGGUUGCAUCUGCCAUUGGACCCAGGACUAAGCUUGUGUGGCUUGAGAGUCCAACCAAUCCUCGGCUACAAAUUUCUGAUAUUCGAAAAAUAGCAGAGAUGGCUCAUUCACAUGGGGCUCUUGUGUUAGUGGACAACAGUAUCAUGUCACCUGUAUUGUCGUGGCCAUUAGAACUUGGAGCAGAUAUUGUCAUGCACUCAGCUACAAAAUUUAUUGGUGGACAUAGUGACAUUAUGGCUGGUGUGCUUGCUGUGAAGGGUGAAAAGUUGGGAAAGGAAUUGUAUUUCUUGCAGAAUGCGGAGGGUUCAGGCUUAGCCCCAUUUGACUGUUGGCUUUGUAUGCGAGGAAUCAAGACAAUGGCCCUGAGAGUAGAAAAGCAACAGGAUAAUGCACAAAAGAUUGCUGAGUUCCUUGCUUCCCAUCCUCGAGUUAAGAAAGUGAAUUAUGCUGGCUUACCUGGUCAUCCCGGUCGUGAUUUACACUAUUCUCAGGCAAAGGGUGCAGGAUCUGUGCUUAGCUUCUUGACUGGUUCACUGCCACUUUCAAGGCAUAUUGUUGAAACCACCAAAUACUUCAGCAUAACCGUCAGCUUUGGGAGUGUUAAGUCCCUUAUCAGCAUGCCAUGCUUUAUGUCACAUGCAAGCAUACCUUCUGCAGUUCGUGAGGCCAGGGGGUUGACUGAAGAUCUUAUACGUAUAUCUGUGGGGAUUGAGGAUGUCAAUGAUCUCAUUUCUGAUCUAGACAAUGCACUAAGAACAGGGCCUCUUUAAUUUUUUUUCUAUAAUAUUCAUCCUGAAGAUGUUGAGGAUUUGGGAGCAUUGUUAUCCUGUGUUUGGAUGCUCGAGGGUGGAAAUUUUAAGUGUUUCUUCUUAUAUGCAUGUAAACUAAAUCAACAUUUUCCGUGAUUACUGUCCUCGCCUCCACUGAUAUGGGGUCAUUCAAGUUUUUAAAGAUUAGUGAAAGUAUUGUCCUAUGAAGAUUCAAAGAGCCUAGUACAAAUUUGUCA